AUGGCCGCAGUGAUGAACAGACCGAAAGUGGACGAGACCAGCAAGUCUACUAUGCGCACCCUCAGCCUAAACGGACAUGUAGGGUUCGACAGCAUGCCCGACCAGCUAACACACAAAUCUGCUCAAAACGGCUUCGUGUUCAACAUACUGUGCAUUGGCGAAACGGGUCUGGGAAAAUCUACGCUUAUGGACUCGCUGUUUAACACCAAUUUUGAAUCCACCCCGUCCACACACAAUUUGCCAAAUGUGAAACUCAAGGCUCACACUUAUGAGUUGCAAGAGAGCAAUGUUCAACUUAAGUUGACGCUUGUCGAGACAGUUGGUUAUGGUGAUCAAAUAAAUAAAGAAGACAGUUUCAAAUCUAUUGUAGACUACAUUGAUACACAAUUUGAAUAUUAUUUACAAGAAGAACUAAAAGUAAAGCGUUUGCUAUCAACAUAUCACGACACGAGAGUUCAUACCUGUUUAUAUUUCAUCUGUCCUACUGGUCAUGGAUUAAAAUCAAUUGAUUUAGUAUGUAUGAAAAAACUUGAUACCAAGGUUAAUGUGAUUCCAAUAAUUGCCAAAGCAGACACUAUCUCUAAGUCUGAAUUACAAAAGUUUAAGACAAAAAUAAUCACUGAAUUGCGAUCAAAUGGUGUAGAAAUCUAUGAGUGCCCAACUGAAGAUGAGACUGUAGCUGAUGUCAAUUCUAAUAUGAAUUCUCAUGUACCAUUUGCUGUUGUUGGAAGUACAGAUUUUGCCAAAGUUGCAAACAAAAUGGUGCGCGCUCGUCAGUAUCCAUGGGGAACAGUUCAAGUUGAAAAUGAAUCACAUUGUGAUUUUGUUAAGCUGAGAGAGAUGUUAAUUAGAACUAAUAUGGAAGAUUUGCGAGAAAAAACUCACGAUAAACACUAUGAGUUAUACCGAAAAAUGCGCUUGGAACAAAUGGGCUUUAGUGAUGUGGACAACGAAAAUAAGCCACUAAGCUUCCAGGAAUCUUUUGAAGCAAAGCGUAGUCAUCAUUUACAAGAGCUACAGAACCGUGAAGAUGAAAUGAGACAAAUGUUUGUUGUCAGAGUAAAAGAAAAAGAAGCCGAAUUGAAAGAAGCUGAAAAAGAGUUACAUGCCAAAUUUGAUAAACUAAAACGUGAUCAAGAUGACCAGAAAAAGAGGUUGGAAGAACAGAGAAGAAAGUAUGAAGAUGAUCUUAUGGAGUUCAGCAAAAGGAAGCAGCAGUAUUCUAGCAUGGGACAUCAUACUCUCACUUUAGGAAAGAGUAAAAAGAAAUAA